AUGGGGCAAGAGACACUGGCCCUCGUCGGGGCCGUGGCUGCCGUCCUGGUGCUGCAGGCGGCCGCAGCGGAGCACUCCCCGUGGACCCUGCACGGCAAGGCCAGGGUGUUCGCAGACCUGAGUGCUCAAGAGCUGAAGGCCGUGCACAGCUUCCUCUGGUCCAGGGAAGACCUGAAGUUGGAGCCCUCCACGGCAUUGACCACGGCCAAGAACACCGUGUUCCUCAUUGAGAUGCUGCUGCCCAAGAAGCAGCAUGUGCUGAGAUUUCUGGAUAAAGGAGAAAGGCGUCCUGUUCGGGAAGCCCGUGUGGUCAUCUUCUUUGGAGCCCAGGAGCAUCCCAAUGUCACUGAGUUUGCUGUGGGGCCCCUGCCAUGGCCCUAUUACAUGCGGGUGCUGUCCCCCAGGCCUGGACACCAGCCCUCCUGGGCAUCCAGGCCCAUCUCCAAGGCAGAGUAUGCCCUCUUCUACCACACCCUACAGGAAGCCACCAAGCCCCUGCAUCAGUUUUUCCUUGAUACCACGGGCUUCUCGUUCCAAGACUGCCAUGACCGAUGCCUCACCUUCACGGAUGUGGCCCCCCCGGGCUUGGCUUCUGGCCAGCGCCGCAGUUGGUUGAUCAUACAGCUCUUUGUGGAAGGCUAUUUCUUGCACCCCACGGGGCUGGAGCUCCUUGUGGAUCAUGGGAGCACAGACGCCCGGCGCUGGGCAGUGGAGCAGGUGUGGUACAAUGGGGACUUCUACGGGAGCCCAGAAGAACUGGCUCAGAAGUAUGCCGAUGGAGAGGUGGACGUGGUGGUCCUGGAGGGCACAAUGCCCAAGGGGAAGGGGCAGGAGAGCACGGCGGAGCCACCCCUCUUCUCCUCCCACAAGCGCCGUGGUGACUUCUCCAGCCCCACUGGUGUAAGCGGCCCCCGCCUGGUCCAGCCCCACGGCCCCCGCUACAGGCUGGAGGGCAAUGCCGUGCUCUACGGGGGCUGGAGCUUCGCCUUCCGGCUGCGCUCCUCCUCGGGGCUGCAGGUCCUGAAUGUGCACUUCGGCGGGGAGCGCAUUGCCUACGAGGUCAGCGUGCAGGAGGCCGUGGCGCUCUACGGAGGGCACACGCCUGCGGGCAUGCAGACCAAGUACAUCGAUGUGGGCUGGGGCCUGGGCACUGUCACUCACGAGUUAGCCCCUGGCAUCGACUGCCCAGAGACUGCCACCUUCGUGGAUGCCCUCCACUACUACGACACCGACAACCCUGUACACUAUCCCCGAGCCCUCUGCCUCUUUGAGAUGCCCACAGGGGUGCCCCUUCGGCGGCACUUUGAUUCCAACUUUAGUGGGGGCUUCAACUUCUACGCAGGACUGAAGGGCCAGGUGCUGGUGCUACGGACGACUUCCACAGUCUACAAUUAUGAUUACAUCUGGGACUUCAUCUUCUACCCCAACGGGGUGAUGGAGGCCAAGAUGCAUGCCACGGGCUAUGUCCACGCCACCUUCUACACCCCCGAGGGGCUGCGCUACGGCACUCGCCUGCACACCCACCUGAUCGGCAACAUGCACACGCACUUAGUGCAUUACCGCGUGGACCUGGACGUGGCAGGCACCAAGAAUAGCUUCCAGACACUGCAGAUGAAGCUGGAAAACGUCACCAACCCCUGGAGCCCGAGACACCAUCUGGUCCAGCCGACUCUGCAGCAGACUCGGUACCCCCGGGAACGCCAGGCGGCCUUCCGCUUCGGGCGGCCCCUGCCCAGAUACCUGCUCUUCAGCAGCCCCGAGCACAACCCCUGGGGCCACCAGCGCAGCUACCGCCUGCAGAUCCACUCCAUGGCCGACCAAGUGCUGCCCCCGGGCUGGAAGGAGGAGCAGGCUGUCACCUGGGCCAGGUACCCGCUGGCCGUGACCAGGUACCGGGAGUCGGAGCUGUGCAGCAGCAGCAUCUACAACCAGAACGACCCCUGGGCCCCACCCGUGGUCUUUGAGGAGUUUCUGCACAACAAUGAGAACAUCGAAAACGAGGACCUGGUGGCCUGGGUGACCGUGGGCUUCCUGCACAUCCCCCACUCAGAGGACGUUCCCAACACAGCCACACCCGGAAACUCAGUCGGCUUCCUGCUCCGGCCCUUCAACUUCUUCCCAGAGGACCCAUCCCUGGCGUCCAGAGACAAUGUGAUCGUGUGGCCUCGGGACAAUGGCUCCAACUAUGUCCAGCGCUGGAUCCCUGAGGAUAGGGACUGCUCCGUGCCUCCCCCUUUUAGCUACAAUGGGACCUACAGGCCUGUGUGAAGGGCCCCUGCCCCCCACUCCUGCCUGGAAGCCCAAGAGCCUCACAGGGACGGACAAUAAACCCCUCAGGGCC